AUGAUACGGCAAAAUCACCGCGCGAGACAUUGGAAAAAGAAAAUAGAAAAAAAAAGGGAAGUAAGGUUUUGGAUACAUCCGAUUUUAGAAAAAAGGGAGGAAUAUGGCGCGUUUCAUACACUUGUCAAGAAUCAAUUGAGAGAAGAUGAAGACAAGUUUUACAAUUAUUUUAGAAUGCAGAAAACUACAUUCGACAACUUGCUCCAAAAAUUAUCCCAGGAACUAAAACAUCAAGAUACUUUUAUGCGAGAGAGUAUAUCGCCCGCAGAAAGAUUGGCUGUAACUCUGAGGUAA